AUGGCAUUAGAAAGGAUUGCUAGGACUGCUAGAAAUGGCUUCAGAAGGUCGCCAUCAGGAGCAUCCGCCCGCACGAGUGAGAAGGAUAUGUUGUGUGAGGGAGCAUCCACACGCAAAUAUUGUUCCUUACCUUCACUCGAAACUGACACUAGAAAUAGAAACUUUUUGUACCUCUCCAGCAUUUCAAAAGUGAAUCACAAUAGUUUUUGGAGCAGGGGAAUAAGGGCAACCCCAACUUAUCAAUUUCCUUCUGCAGAAAGGAUUGUUGAGGAGUCUGAUUCUGAGUACAACGAUCCCAAAUAUCCGGGUCUAGAAGCAACCAAGCCAGGUCAAAAGCCAAGAGUGGUUGUCCUUGGUACUGGCUGGGCGGCCUGUCGAUUCCUUAAGGGACUAGACACCAAGAUCUAUGAUGUUGUUUGCAUAUCACCAAGGAAUCACAUGGUCUUCACUCCUUUGCUUGCUUCAACUUGCGUUGGUACCCUGGAAUUCCGUUCAGUCGCUGAACCUGUUACUCAUAUACAAUCUGCAUUGGCAACAGAUCCCAAUUCUUUCUUUUAUAUGGCUUCCUGCGUUGGUGUUGACACAGACAAACAUGAGGUGUACUGUGAGACGAUUAGCAAGGGUGGCUUGCCUCAUGAACCUUACAGAUUCAAAGUUGCCUAUGACAAGCUCGUCAUAGCUGCUGGAGCUGAGCCCCUGACAUUUGGUAUCAAGGGUGUGAAGGAACAUGCAUUUUUUCUCCGUGAAGUGAAUCAUGCCCAAGAGAUUAGGAAGAAGCUUCUCUUGAACCUGAUGCUCUCUGAACAUCCAGGAAUACCAGAGGAAGAAAGGAAACGCCUCCUACAUUGUGUUGUUAUUGGAGGUGGCCCUACAGGGGUAGAGUUCAGUGGCGAGCUGAGUGAUUUUAUCAUGAAAGAUGUCCGUGAACGGUAUACUCAUGUUAAGGAUUACAUCAAAGUCACUCUCAUUGAGGCAAAUGAGAUUUUGUCAUCCUUCGAUGUUGGGUUAAGGCGAUAUGCAACAAAUCACUUAACCAAGUGUGGGGUUCGCCUUAUGAGAGGUGUUGUGAAAGAAGUGCAUCCCGAGAAGAUAGUUCUCAACGAUGGCACUGAUGUUCCAUAUGGCCUUUUGGUCUGGUCUACAGGCGUUGGUCCUUCAGAGUUUGUGAAAUCACUUGAUCUUCCCAAGUCCGCAGGCGGAAGGAUUGGUGUCGACGGGUGGUUGCGGGUUCCUUCCGUGGAAGAUGUGUUUGCACUUGGAGAUUGCGCUGGUUUUCUUGAGCAGACAGGGAGGCCAGUUCUUCCAGCUUUAGCUCAGGUGGCGGAAAGGGAGGGAAAAUAUCUGGUCGAGUUGUUUAACAAGAUUGGGGCACGGAAUGCAGGCAAGGCCUUGAGCUUAAAAGACAUCCCUCUAGGAGAGCCUUUUGUGUACAAGCACCUUGGAAGCAUGGCAACAGUUGGACGCUAUAAGGCACUGGUUGAUUUACGCCAGUCGAAGGAUGCAAAAGGCAUAUCGCUUGCCGGAUUCUUGAGCUGGUUCAUUUGGCGUUCCGCUUAUCUGACGCGAGUCGUCAGCUGGAGGAACAGGUUUUAUGUUGCAGUAAACUGGGCUACCACGAUUGUCUUUGGCAGAGACAACUCAAGAAUAGGUUGA